AUCUGUGAGAGUCGACAGUGAAAAGAGCUAAAGAGAGAGCAACAUCGAGGGUCCCCAGAUAAAGUAAAGAAAAGGGUUCUUACAGAUGAAUAAAGUAGUAGCAGGAAGGAGCAAAUCCAAAGUAAAUAAGAAAAUAAUAAGACGAAAAUGGUGGGAAUUGGAAUCUUUUCUUCAUGAUCUUCUUCCACUCACCACUGUACCACCCUUACUACUAGCUCAGGCGUAGCCUUCUCCUCCUUUUUAUGGUCUUUGCUCAGCAGCUUUGUCUUUUCAUCAAUCUUUUCCUACCUUAGCCUUAGCUAGCUCUCUCACUCCAGAAGAGAACAAAUUUGCUCAGAUGAACAAUACUAGUAUCGCUAUGGGAUUUUCACGUGGAAGUCAUUAUUAUGAUGGAGAAGAACCUGAAGUUCCACUGAUAAAUGAAACAAAGAGGUGUGCUGCUAUGGACGUUCAAAUUCAUAAUGAGCUUCAUGAAGGUCAAGUAGACCUAUUCGACUUUGAGUUCUGGCCAAUCGAACAUCCUUCGGAGCCGCCGGAUGAGGAUCACCCUCUGAAAUGCCCAAUGCCGGACUCUUCUGUCAUCAAUGAUGGAGGAACAGCAAGGGUUUCUGAGAGCAACUACAACAGCUCUUUGCCGCGUAAGAGAACAGAAGUGUCUUCUCCUGGUUUUACGGAUGAGAUGGUAGAUCAGCCUCCUGUUCCCGUUUCUGUUCCGGUGAGAGCAGUGAGGAAGAGGCAUCACACUCUAACCCGCGGCGGGGGUGACCAUAUCAUAUCCCCUCUGAGGAGAAUGCCGCCUCAUCCGCCUCGCCCUCUGCCUGCUCAGAGCAUCACCGUCUUUCAAAUGCUGCAGCAGCUGGACAAGUCUUGAUCGGAAAUGGUUCAUGUCAUUCACUUGUCUAGCUCUUUUUUUAAGUCUAGACAUAGAAAACCAAAAUGCAGUACGAACUCUUUAUUGCCUGUUUUUGAAUCUG